UCUGAAUUUUAACAUAAAGGUGUGCCUCCCAAGCAGAUUUGGUCUCUCCACCCACGACAGGGGGGAACGCAGCGUUGGCUGCGUCUGAUGUAGUGUGACUGAGUUUUACCUCCCUGGAGUGGUUUUGUGUACUGUUAUGUGUUUUUGAUGAAUUUUGACUGCUUGGUGCAGCGGAGAGUCUGAAUUUUAACAUAAAGGGGUGCCUCCCAAGCAGAUUUGGUCUCUCCACCCACGACAGGGGGGAACGCAGCGUUGGCUGCGUCUGAUGUAGUGUGAGUUUUACCUCCCUGUAGUGGUUCUGUGUACUGUUAUGUGUUUUUGAUGAAUUUUGACUGCUUGGUGUAGUAAAGAGACAACUUGAAUUUUAACAUAAAGGGGUGCCUCCCAAGCAGAUUUUGUCUCUUCAUCCAUACAGGGACGCGAAGGGUGACGUGGCAAAGGCUGCGUCUGUGCGUAACUUAAGUCUUACCUCCCUGUAGUGGUACUGAACCCUUCACACACACAAACAUGAGUGAACACUCUGAAAACUCUAGUAUAAAAGAUAAAGCUGCAUUCAUUGCUUUGUUAGCAAAACACAAUGCUAAGCCCUCCCCAGCUGGGGAAGAAUGGGCUCAAAAUAAUUGGUUUAACCUGGAAAAUGUAACUGAUAGAAUUUGCUCCCUGCAACAUGAGGCAAAAUUCAAAUUUGGCCGUAAUAAAACCAUAAUUUGUUCUGUAUUGGGAGCUUGCCUUACAUCAGCUGUAGAGGCUCGCACGAGACGAAGGCAGGAAGAAAAUGCAAUUAUUGAAUCCCUACAAAAUUUAGUUGAAAGUUUGCAAAAUGAAAAUAAUUUGUUACGAACUGCUCUGAGUGAGGAGUGUGCCAAAAAUUCACAGUGUGCUGAUUCCUUUAAGGAGUCGCUGGAAAAAGAAACUCCUCAGAUAAAUCACAAAUAUUCUCAAGCAGAAUUACAUUUGGUAAAAAAUUGUGGUGAAAACUGUUGCUCACAAAUGAGACCUUUGAUUAAAACAGAAUAUAACUAUAUCAAUGAUGAAGAUCUUGAUCCACAUGUAACCACUAAAGAAAUCCCGUACACUGCUACUGAAUUGGCUAAGUUAAAAAAGGAGUACGAGCAUCUCCCUCACGAGUCAGAGACAGAAUACGUAUUUCGAGUGUCUCUCACAGGGGGAGAUCAAAUUCGAUUAUCUGAACAAGAAGCAAGUGGUUACUGGGGACAUGGUGUUUUCUUAACAACAGGAGAUAACCGCAACCCAUGGUCCCUAACCCAGCAAGCUGCAUAUUGGGCAGGGGGACUUAACCCCCUGGAAAGGGGAGAUCCUGUAGCUUUGACCAGCUCUCCAGACCAAAUUUUAGAAAAUAUUUAUAAAGCAUCUUAUUUGCAACUGAUUCAUGAAAGAAAAUUAAUUGCUGGCUAUGAAUCACCAAUGUUGUUACCUGUGAAAGCUGAAAUUAUGACCCCUUUAAUUUGUGGUCUUCCAGAAUCACUGAAACCUACAGCAAUUCUCCUCCAAACAACCAUAGAUGAUAUCCUUGUGGGAGGAGAUGAAAAAGAAGUAAUAAAAAAUAAAGAUGCUGAAAAGAGGUACACUACCUGGGAAAAGGGACUGUUGGUAGUUAAUCCAGCUCUCAUAGAAGUAGAAAAAAUUACACAACAACAACCAAUUGCAUUAAAAGGCCCUUUUGAAAUUACUAAGACAACCACUACUGGGACUCUCCACCCUGACGGGGUGGCCCAGAGGGCCUCAGUGAGAAAGUGGUAUGCCCAGAUUGAACAUGACUCUAACAUCUUCUCAAUAACAGAAGAAGCUGUAAAAAAUCAGGUGAUACAAAAAACUGAGAGCUUAAGUAGCAGCCAUGACAAACCUGACUUGAUAAUUAAAGAAACCUCUCUUAACAUAAAAACAGAAAAGG